AUGAUUCCAGGCACUUUGAGGCAGUGGCUGGACGGCUGGGGGUCCGGCUUUCAGAGUGCCACCGAGGCCAGCAUCGGUGCCACUCAUGCCCGUUUUGGUCUCGGGGCGGCCAAACUUCCACAAAGAUUGUUGGUGGGAACUGAUUGCAGUGGCAUUGAUGCACCGAUCCAUGGCCUUAGGGAGCUCGGCAUCACGCACCAGCAUUUGUUUGGGAGUGAGGUGGCUGCUGGUCCUCGGUCGGUUAUCGAGGCUAAUACCAAGCCCUCGGUACUGUUCCACAGUGUCCUGGAUGCUGACAAGGCACCGUUCGUUCACCUGUACAUUGCCGGCUUCAGCUGCAAGCCGUUCAGCCUGCUCCACAAUAAGUCAAGGCUCCUCAAGGAAAAACAGGCUCAAAUAUUCUAUGGGGUCGUUGCACGCAUCCAACUUGUGCGGCCCUCGUGCUUCGUGCUGGAGAAUGUGUCAGGCAUCAAGCGUGUUUCUGCAAAGGUUCUGGCGGCACUCAGGUCCACAGGCUAUCAUGUCGAAAUGAUUUUGAUGAACCCUGCCGAGCUACAGGAGCCCAUCCAGAGGCCUAGGUACUACUUCAUCGGGGUCCGGCAAGAUGUGAGCCUCAUCUCGCCAAAGGACAUGUCGUGCUGGCUUCGUGAGGCUUGGGCGGAAGUCCUGGAUGCAGUUGCUUCCGGAGACGCAGUCGAUCUUUUGGAUAGACUGCUACCGGCGAGCCACCCUGCUGUGGCACAGUACCAGGAAAGCCGCAAACGGAAGUGGUCGCAAGCUUCCAACCGUGGGUUCCCAGGCUCCCAGGCUCCAGGCUCCCAUGCUCCAAAGUGGAAAGAAUUGCACAAGAUGUGCAAAGCUUCAAUGCAGCAGGGCAGCCGGUUGAAGAGUGAGAGUCGGAGGCCUUGCACUGAGAGCGGAGUCGCCUGCUGCGCAGACACGUUGUUCCUGCAUUUGCCGCGUGAGCGUGAUGCCUGGGACAUCAUUUGCACAAAGCAUGCAGGCAGUAAGGAGCUUGUCGCGGAUGUAUCCCAGAAUGUGAACCGAGCCCGGGUGCGGACCGAUGGCUCCCUGCCUACUGUUACACCUGGGGCCGUACUGGUAUCCGCACGAGCUGGAAGGAUCAUUAGCCCGCUUGAAAAAGUCAUGCUGCACGGUUUUCCAAUUCACCGUAUGGUUUUUCCCAGCAAAGUGACCGACAAGGAGCUCGCCAGCAUGGGCGGCAACACGAUGCAUGUGCAGAUUGUAGCCGUGGCAAUGAAGUUUGCGCUUGCGUUGGUAAACUGGAGCCUGCCCAAAGCUUCCCGGCCGACAGCCUUGUGCAGCACCGUUGCUGCGCCAAGCAUAACUGCUUCAGUUGUGCUCGGCGCAGCAGCGAAAUGCCGCAAGCGCCAUGGCAAGCCACGGAAGGCUCCCAAGGCGCGAAAGGCUGCAUCGGCGCAGAAGCCUCCAAAGGCACCAAAGGCUCCAAAGGCUCAGAAGGCUGAAGGCAUGUCAGCUUUGGCAAAGCGUUGGCAGAAAGUCUUGAGACCGCAGGCAGCAAAGAAGUGCUCGAGGAAGGGUGCCACGGCCACAUUGGCGCAGCUGCUCGCUGUCGGAUCGAACGGGAAGCUGGAGGCUCAAGGCUCCAAGGCCCCCAGGAUUUCAAUGCCAGUGGGUAGCCGCACCCUGCGUGGUCUUGCCGCUCGGUUCGGACUACGCUCCCGGAAGCAGGACCGGACGCCGACAAAAAAAAGACGAGGUCCACAAGGAUCCGUGCCUGCGGCCCCGAAGAAGCUUCGGCUCGAGUCCGGCGAAGGCCUGGCUCAGGAGGGCGACGACGACACCGGAAAGGGAUGUGGCGAUGUUGGUCUCGCGACUGAGAGCGAUGCAGAGCAUUUGGCUCGCCAUCGUGGUGGCGACGAGAAAUGCAGCCGAUGCAAGUUCCUUCGCUUCCAGGAAGUUUGGAGCAAAGCCGGAAGCCUCACCCACACGUCUUGGGGCAAGCAGCAGCGGACAGUUUGGCUGGGCCAGAGACCAGCUCGCCGAGGAGGCGAUUGGGGCAUCGGCUGUCACUUUUGUGCACACUUGAUGAAUGUUUUGGCACAGAACCCAGCAGAGCGGAAGAGGAGUGCGAUGCAGGCAUGCUGCAUACACGCUCACAGCAAGACCUUCGUUCACCAGGUGGCCACGAAGGUUUACCUAGCUCCUGACACGCCGAUCUCACAGUGCUUGCCUUACAGCAUCAAGCAUCAGCACCUCUUCUCCGGCAACGUUCCUCAGCCGGCAGAUUGGCUGCGAGCGUGGCGGGCGUGCCGGACAGCAUCUUCUUUCAAAGGUGCCGUGAAAUUCUAUUCCACGGAAGACUUCGCUGCUGGCAGGAACACGAAGCUUGACAGUCUCAAGAACAUGAUUCUUGUUAUGCACUGGGCUGUCAAGAGUGUUCGCAAGCAGCGUCUCGAACAAGCCACCAGCAUCAGCUUGUCCGUGGACGACCGCAAGGAGUAUCGUUUGGUGAGGUACCGUUGCGAUGUUCCACCGCGCACUGCCAAGCAGUCAGCGGCUCCAGGCUCCCAAGGUCCCCAAGGCUCCCAAGGCUCCCAAGGCUCGGAGGAUGGCCCGCUUGUCGCCGAUGGCUUGCUUGGGGUCUACAAGACAGGUGCCAGUGUUCCUGAAAACACAUUGGAGGAGCACGAUGCGGACAAGAGUCAGGUGAUGGCAGACAGCAUAGGCAUAGUCAUUGACAGGGCCUGUCAGGAUCCGGAAGGCAAAACUGACGAGGAGUCCUGCAGCCGCUUGAAGCUGCACGUGCGGCACUUUGCAGCCGAUCAGUGCACAUCUGCCCGGAAGUGUGGAAGGUUGUUGGUCACUGGCGGCCAGUAUCCUAACCUGGUCUGGGUAAGCCAUGAUCCUGCGCACCAGGUUCGUAUUGCCUACCAGGACCCUCUUCACGCCAUGCCCGAGUUCCAAGACCAGUGGGAGCGUUUGUUUGCUCCCGGCAAGGGCAAGCAUGCGCUUAUCCCGGACAUCCAGAACUCAGAAGUCUGGAAGGCCAGGCUCAUGGCGGCCCAGCAAGAGGUUCUCAGGCUCCAUGGCUCCCAGGCUGGUGUGGAGAAGGUGAUCCGAGCGUUGUCGUUCUCCCAACCUCGGUUUGACUCGUCGGCCACACCAAUGCUGAAGUACUUGUGCAUGAUUCGUGCGAUGGCGGUCUUAUGUGCUAUGCAGGCUGCUGACGAGUCUUGUCCUUAUGUCAAACAAAUUUUAAAAUUAUUAAACUUAAUAAUUAUUAUUUAUUUUAAUUUAAUUAUUGGGUAUUAA